AUGAUUUUCAAUCCUCUCUUUUUCCUUUGCAUCUUUCUUGCAGCGCUGUCGCCAACUAUUUCUCAUGCAGCCGAGUACCAUGAACAGCUAGUCCUCCGGCCUCUACCACCUUCAUCUCUCUUAGGAUCAUUUAAUUUUCGCAGCAAUGCGUCACUAGAUACUUUCGAGCACCAGAAUUUCCGAUAUUUUCCGCGCUCCUUAGGACAAAUCCUUCAGCAUGCAAGCACUAAAGAGUUGCAUUUGAGAUUCACGACUGGGAGAUGGGAUGCAGAGAGCUGGGGCGAGCGGCCGUGGCGUGGUUUUAAAGAAGGCGGCACAGGCGUUGAACUUUGGGCAUGGAUAGAUGCAGAUACUGAUGAAUCUGCGUAUUCCAAAUGGAUCACUCUGACUCAAUCCUUGUCCGGCCUUUUCUGCGCAUCCUUAAACUUCAUUGAUUCCACUCGAACAACCCGACCUGUAAUGACGUUUGAACCUAUGGGAAAUCACUUGUCGAGACCUCUGCAUCUGCUGCAUGGGACACUGCCCGGCGAGGUCGUCUGUACCGAGAACUUGACGCCGUUCCUCAAAUUGCUUCCCUGUAAAGGGAAAGCGGGAAUUUCGAGUUUGCUUGAUGGUCAUAGACUAUUUGAUGCAUCGUGGCAGAGCAUGUCAAUUGACGUUCGACCCACAUGUCCAGAUGACACAGAUGGAUGCCAGGUUGAAAUUGAGCAAACUGUAGAUUUGGUUUUGGAUGUGGAGAGAGCGAAGCGACCAAGAGACAAUCCUAUUCCACGCCCUGUUCCCGCCGAAGAGCUCGUCUGCGACCAAUCCAAGCCAUACAACUCACAUGAUACGUGCUACCCAGUCGGCAAAAGUGCAGACCAGGGCUGGCGCUUAUCAGAGGUGUUUGGUCGUAACAUUCCAGGCGGAUGCCCUCUGACAGAAGAAGAAGAAAAUAAAAGACAACAUGUGUGUACCAAAAUUCCCAACGACGGGGAUGUACUAGUGACUGCCGGUGCUAUCGAGAGGAAGUCUCCUGACGGUCUUUCCCGUUGCUACUCCCUUCUUGAUGAUUUCCCUUUCGACCUGGUUUUACCAUCUCAAUCACAGUCUCCCGAAGUACCACUGGAGCAGCCUGUCCUUCACGCAGAGAGGACUAUAAUCGGCCGCGGGCAAGAAAGAGGCGGCAUGCGAUCGAUCUUAGCAAAUCCGUCGCAGACCAAUGCCGUUGAAUUCAUCUAUUUUGAAACUCUCCCCUGGUUCAUGAGGCCUUAUGUACACACUCUUCAAGCAAAAGUGAGAAAUCUUAAUGGCACGGUCGUCCCCAUUCCUGCCUCCGAGAUUAUCAAAGACGUAUUUUAUCGACCCGCCCUGGACAGGAAGCGUGGCACGCAACUCGAGCUCAUCCUCUCAGUCCCCGCCGCAUCAACUGUAACAUUGAUUUACGAUUUCGAAAAGGCCAUCCUGCGCUAUACCGAAUACCCACCUGAUGCCAACCGGGGAUUCAACGUCGCUCCAGCAGUCAUCAGAUUACUUGAUGAUCAGAACAUGGCCGAGGGACAAGGUAAAACUAGCGAGUCGCGGGCACAGCCACAACCGCCAAUCUACCUGCGCACGACAAGCCUGCUAUUACCUCUCCCCACGCCUGAUUUCAGCAUGCCGUACAACGUGAUUAUAUUGACCAGCACUGUUAUGGCGUUGGCGUUCGGGAGCAUUUUUAAUAUUCUUGUUCGCCGCCUUGUCGCUGUCGAGGAGGCGCCAGAGAGCGGGCUCAAGGCGAAGAUUCUGGGCUGUAUUGUUGCGGUGAAGGAUAAGUUGGGAGGGAAAGUGGUUAAGGUGGAGUAG